UUAUGUAUAAACAUCCGACUGUAACUUCACAGAUACUGUAACCACCAUGGUUACCACGAGCUUUUUACUGUAACCAUGACGAUAACAAUUCCCACAUGUUAAAGUAAUUACAACCUAAACCGUCAUCUUUCUCUAAAUAACUGACUGAACUGACUGUGUCGGUUGAACCAGGCCGACAUGUUGCCGUCAGCAUGUUUCCAUCUGUCACAUCACCAACAACGUUCGUCAAUAACAGUCAGAUUUGGCACUGAGCUGAUAAAACGCACCGUCGCCCUGACAACAGAAACACGGUCUGCUUCUGACAGUUUCAGCUGAUCUGCUGUCAGGUUUCAAACUGCUGCUGCUGCUUUUCAGGCCAAAUAAAGAAAUCAGGAAACGGGACUAAAAGUCUUUUUAUUGGUGUGAGUUGAGAAAUGAAGAAAAGCAGAAGUGGUGGCCACUCCUCAUCCAGACAUCAUGAAGAGUUCAUCUGUGCGUCUGCUGCUCGGUGUGUCUGUGCUGCUGCUGUCUGGACCGACUGUUUCUGCAGUCUCUCUGAGCGUCCGUCCAAACCUGCAGCAGUUCUUCAGCAGACAGUCUACACUGACUCUGAGAUGUGAUGAAGAUGGACAGACAGCUGAUGGAUGGAUGGUGAAGAGGACAGCAGGAGGAGAGACUGAACAGUGUGGGAGUGUGGGAAACAGUCAACAAAUCUUUGGGAGGAUUGAAAAUUCUUCCUGCAUCAUCUCAAAUCUCCUUGACUCAGAUUCUGGAGUUUACUGGUGUGAAAACAGUUCUGGAAAGAUCAGCGAACAGAUCAACAUCACAGUUUAUGGUGGUCAGUUGAUCCUGGAGGUUCCUGCACUUCCAGUGUUGACAGGAAGUGAUGUCACUCUGCGCUGUAGGUUCAAAGAUGGUUCCACACAUCCAGUUAAUUUAUUAAAGAACGGCGAACCUUCUAGAGCUGGACCUACUGGAGAGUUGAACAUCAGUAACGUCCAACAGUCUGAUGAAGGUUUCUACUCGUGUUAUGCUGAACUGACUGGAGAAUCUCCGAAGAGCAGGCUGAGGGUCAAAGCUUCUCCUCCUCCUCCUCAUCCUCCUACCUCCUCUUCUUCCUCUCCUCCUCCUUCAGUGUCUCCUUCUCAUCCUUCCCAACCUCCAGGACCUGGUCCCAUCAUCAUAGUCGUAGCAGUUCUGGGUGCUCUGGUUCUUCUGGUUCUGCUGCUGGUCGCAGUUCUGCUGCUGUGGAGGAAACAAACAGGAAAGACUGAUUCAUGUCCACCUGCAGACACCACCUACGCUGACAUCACCAUCACUCAGACAGCCAAUAGGAGAGAGAAACAUCCUGCAGAUCCAGAGACAGUUUACUCCGGAGUAAAAACACACACUGCAGGGACCAGCAUCGCUGCCCAGAAGAAGCGGCGGUCUCAGAGAGAACGCGGUCCUGACCCGCUUUACUCCGCCGCCACGCUACCGCCAGGUCCUGAUGAUGUCACCUACAGUCAGGUUGUCAUCAGAGGUCAGGGGUCGGCUGGAGUGAGGCCAGCUCAGCCGGACGUGGUGUACUCCUCAGUGAGAUCAGGAAAGUGAGGACUCUGGUUUCCGGUCAGAUCGACAGCUGAUUGGACGAUUCUUCUCGUUGAUGCUGUUUAUGUUUUCAUACAGUCGACUGGUGUCUUGUUCUCAGUCCUGCUGUUGUUCCACAUCUGUUUUCUUAUUAUUUACAUGUUCUGUCCUCAUGUGAUCCACGCUGACCCCUGGUGGGCAGAGGGUCAGGUUUUAGUCUCAUUACUUCUGCUCGAAACUGUAAAAACAGUCACAUGGUGUCUUCUGUGGCCUGAUGACAUCACAGUGAUGUCAUCAGGGUGACUUCUCGCUGAUAUUAUACUGCUACUCUGUACGUAUUUAUAUAUAUAUAUAUGUUUAUUUUAUAGCAUCUAACAGCGACCUGAUACUCUUUUAUCAGUUAUUAGACUCCUUCUGCUGUUUUAUGACCUCUAGCAGAGACAGUUUCUGUCAUUAAAGGGUUUGAGGGCGUUUGUCCAGAUGAUGGAGGACGUCGUGUUACUGUAGCGACUGUUAAGACCGUCGAGGUUAAUGUGUGAUUUGUGAUUUUAGGCUGUAUGAAUAAAAACGACUUGACUACAUUUCAUCAUCAGUUU